AUGGGAUCAAGACUAGGAUUGAUGUUUUGUUUGUUUGUUUGUUUGGCAGCACAAUUAAUUGGAAUAGCCAUAUUAUGUGGAUUACAAGUUGAUUGGAAUAAAGUAGUGGUGAUUGUUUAUAUAAUCAUUGCACAAGGUUUUAAUGGUGUUGCAAAAGAUCAGAUCAAGAUAGGUGGUAAACCAGUCACAAAACUAGUAACAAAUGAUCAAGAAAAAUCUAGAUUGUUCAAAUUGGUCACUUGGUUGACUGGCACAAAAAACUCAGUUAAAG